UAUUUGGGUUGUUAAGACCAGAUUAUGUUUGCAGUACACUGAUGGAACAGGCAAGGUUCUAGCGGAGUCUCAUCGGUAUAAUGGAAUGGUCGAUGCAUUUGUCAAGACCUACAAGUACGAAGGAGUCAGAGGACUAUACAAGGGUUUUGUUCCUGGCGUUUUCGGAGUAUCACACGGUGCACUACAGUUUAUGGCUUAUGAAGAGAUGAAGGCGAAGUACAACCGGUAUCGCAAUCUCCCAAUUGAUGCAAAACUGACAACCCUGGAAUACCUUGGCUUUGCAUCACUCUCCAAACUCUUUGCAGCUGUCACAACUUACCCAUACCAAGUUUUGCGUGCCCGUAUGCAAGACCAGCAUGCCCAUUAUGACAACUUGCGCCACUGUAUCAAAGAAACAUGGAGACAAAAUGGUGUUCGUGGUUACUACAAAGGCCUUUUACCAAACCUCUUGAGAGUUGUUCCUGCAACAGCCCUGACGUUUGUUGUUUACGAACACACGUCGCACUUCCUGUUGAGUUUGCGGAAGCCAGAAGAGCCACAGCAGGAAGACAAGAAUUAGGAUAUAUCUUUUAUGCUCAGGAAGAUUACCCUUAUUUUCAUUUUAUUUUUUAUUUUAUUUAUUUAUUUUUUAUUUUAUUUUUUUUUUCUUCCUCUUUUAGUUUGUUUAUAAGAUACUGCCUGAGAAUCCUGAGUUCAACUGAUUUUCAAGCCGUACAUACUUUGGAGUAUACUUAUUAUAUCUGUAUGAUAUCAGUGUUGUAAAGAGAAGUAUGGAUUCAAAGAAAAUUAUAGAGAGAAAUAAAGGAAAUCAAAAUAUUGUAUUAUAUAUAUAUAUCACCAUUUGCUGGACAUGUAGCUAUCAAUGCACUAGUCUUCCACAUUACCAGCAUAUAAGCUAUCUUCUCGUACACUACUUUUUAAUGAAUUGCUAUGUAAUGUCAUGUAGUAAAUGUCUUUGUAAAGAAAUAUUUUGCAUGAUCUUAUAAGCUUGAAUUAAAAUGCGAUACAGAGCUAUCAUAUAUAAUGGAUUCUCAUACCCUUUUAAGCAGGUAGUGAAGGUAAUGUUCAAUGGAACCUCAUUUAUGCAUUUGUUUUAGUUGCUGUGAUGUUCAUGUUAGUAUUAAGUCUUGCCUUACCUAAUGUGUGAAGGGGGUUGAUGAGAAAGAAUGGGUUAACAAAACCAUUUAUGUGUACUGGAAUAUUUGAUUGCCUAUAUUUGUGUAACAUUGAAAAAGUAGCUUAUCAGAGUAAAAUUGUUUCUCAGUACAGUAUUUCAGAGUCAGACAUACUAAAGACCUCUUUUUCUCUCUUUUAUGUAGACUGUAAUAUUCAGUCUGAGAUUUGUUUAGUGGGUUCUUCAUUGGCAGUAUUUAUAUACAAACUGGAAAAUUAAUCAAGAUUAGGUGGUACAAAUACAUUGUUGUGAUUAUGAUGUAAUGAAAUCUACUUAAAUUGCUGACUAUGUUCUUAACACAGAUGUAUGCUGAUGAGCUGUUAUCCAAUUAUUACCAUCUAUAAACUGAAGGCAGUUAUCUUGUUGUAUGAUAUGCAGGUGUUUGGUUUUCUAUACAGGCAGCAAACAGAGGUUUGAAAUUUGACUUAGAUUUAGAUAGAAUGUAUUUGCUCAUUCCAGAAUUUAAAUGCAAUUUCAGUCUUAGUCGUUAGUUACAGGUCUACCUAACUAGUCUCUGAUUCCUGAUGCAAGGGAUAAGAUUUAUUGGCAGGUUAACAGCAUUUUUGUUUUUUUUAUACACAAAUAUUUACUUUUAAUUCUUUCUCUUUCUUUUUUCAUUCUUAUUUUUGAGAUAGAUUAGAAUGAUCAGAAUAAGGUGUAAUUUUUUUUUUUAGGUUUUCUAUUUUGCUAAAUCUGCCUGAAUCACAUCAAAGUGUUCAUGUUAUUUCAAUAUUUUGUUAUAAGAUAUUGAUAAAAAAAAAAAAAAAAAUUGUUAGUCAUGUCCAGAUGCCCUUGUGAUAAGAAAAAUUUGCAUCCCUUGUUAACUAUCUAGUCAGUCAAUUACUUGCGUAGAUAGAAAGCUCAUUUGUAUGUAUAUAUGUUAAAGAAAUGUAAGAAGGAUAA